CUACGAUGGCUAUCUAGCUGAACUUAUAAAAGCUUUUGUUUUCCUUAUUAGUAUAGGAUUAGGGUUCGUGUGAAGCUCUAUGAAUAACUACCCCUCCAAUUUCAUCGGUUGAAGAAUUAUAUCAGGAAGGAUUUCGGCGAUCGGUUCAACGCCCGCCAUCAAUGUCGCGCGGUGGCCGGAACACGGGAUUUCUCCCACGGGAUCCCACAGAUCCAUUCUAUCAAUAUCAUACUCUCGCUUCUUCGAUUUUACAAGGCGCCGGCCUGAACCCUAAUCUCUCUUCCGGCGGCGGAAUCCGCAAACCAUCUACGGCGGCCGCUCAAAACAUAGAGAAGCGACUGAGGGCCCACAUCAUCGGACAGGAAGAAGCGGUGAAGGCGGUCACCCGGGCCGUCCGCCGCGCCUCGGCCGGGGUUUCCGACCCGGACCGACCCGUCGCGAGCUUCCUCUUCACGGGCCCGACCGGGUGCGGGAAAACAGAGCUCGCGAACGCCCUGGCGAUCGAGUUCUUCGGGUCGAAGCGGUCGCUGAUCCGGCUCGACAUGAGCGAGUACAUGGAGCGGCACAACGUGGCGAAGCUCUUCGGAUCCCCGCCGGGCUACCUCGGUUCCCAGCAGGGCGGCCAGUUGACGGAGGCGAUCAAGAAGGAACCCAACUCCGUCGUCCUCUUCGACGAGAUCGAGAAGGCCCACUCCGACGUCUGGAACGCGCUCCUCCAGAUCCUCGACUACGGCACCAUGACGGACGGCCGCGGGCAGAAGUUCGAUUUCGGCGGCGCCAUCGUCGUCCUGACUUCGAACGUCGGACAGGGGGCCGUGAUUCAGGGGAUCCCCAACGACGACGAUGCCGCGGCGAGGGCUCAGGUUAUGAAGGAGCUGAAGGGGACAUUCAAACCGGAGUUUCUCAACAGAUUGGAUGAGAUUGUGAUGUUCAGGCCGCUGGCGCCGGAGGAUCUGAACAAGAUCAUCGAGAUCAUGUUGAAGAAAUUGGGCGACAGGGUGAAGUCGGGGAAGGGGAUUCGAUUGCAGGUGGCUGAGGGAUUGAAGGCCAAAAUCGCUAAAGAAGGGUACGAUCCCAGCUACGGGGCGAGGCCAUUGAAGAGGGCGAUUAUCCGGCUGGUGGAAGAUCCACUGGCCGAGGCGAUUUUGGAUGGAAGGGUCAAAAACGGCGGCGGCAUUACUCUGUUUCCGGACGGCGACGAGGGCAGUCACAAGAGGCCGCUGUGUUUGGAUGAUGAUGAUGAAGAAGAAGAAGCAAGGAAACGCCGGCGGGAAAAGAAAGCGAAAGAGAUUGUGGAUCCUUCCAGGAAAACAGAAAUUAUAGAACUUGAUUGAGGCGGAAGAAUACUCGUUCGUGUUGUUGAAUUUGCUACUUGCUAGUAAGAGUCUAUUUAUUGAUAUGGUAGAUUAAGAAUUCAUGGGAUGUUCAUUCAUGUUUUAAGUUUUUGUAUAUAUUAAGAAUGCAUUCUAUCGAAACGCGAUUUCCACUUACAAGUAUAGUUAAAAUCUAUGCUUUAAAGUUUUGAAAUUUUAUGUUUUCACGCUUUUAUAUCACCAAAACACUUUCACUUAGAAUGUGAUUUUGACUGCAUUGACUAUGUGGUUGAAUCAUGUCUCAUAAGCAAGGUUUAAAAAGCCACUAGACGUAAGGCGGGCGUGGAGCCUUUGCCUGUGCCUAUGCGUUGGAAGAAAAAUAGCAAUUUGCACCGUAUGAUGAAUGAAAAAAAUAAUCUAUAACACUUCCUCACUUCAGUUAAGAUGAUUAAUAACUUACUCAAAACUUA